AUGGCCUAUACCAAAUUCCAUCAGCGUCACCCUGAUUUCGAAAAUACACCGCCUGCUUUCCACGAUACGGAUAGAUCACCUGUGUACGAAGGGCCCUAUCAGGGGCUACUCUAUUCAAUCAUCCAGUGCAACGAUAUAUCGGCUCUUUAUUUGUACAAUGAGCGCCCACACUGUGCUGUCUUCUUACAAACCUACAACGUCGAUUAUUACAAUCCUUUUAGUAUUGCUUUGGGAUAUCGCAGCUAUAAUACACUGCGUGCACUGAUCAAAAUUUACCUUUCGGAUACAUCUCUAACUGAGCCUCUAGAGAAUUAUCUCAACCGCUUCUCUGUCUACCUUAUUCACGAGGCUUGCGCUGCCGCGGAUCGGGAUCUAGUGCUAUAG